AUGGCCGCGGUGCCCAACGGAGUAUCGGCGCCGCCAGCCGGCCCCGGCCCCGGCUUCAGCACCACGGACAGCGGCGGCGGCGGCGGAGGAGGAGGAGGUGGUGGUGGUGGUGGUGGUGGUGGUGGUGGCGGCAGCAGCGGGGGCUCGGGCAGGAUGACCGGUCUCAGCCCUGGGCACGGCCCCGGCCCCGUGAUCCCCAUGAAGGACCACGACGCCAUCAAGCUGUUUGUGGGGCAGAUUCCCCGGAACCUGGAGGAGAAGGAUCUCAAGCCCCUGUUUGAGGAGUUCGGCAAAAUCUACGAGCUGACGGUGCUGAAGGACAGGUUCACGGGUGUGCACAAAGGCUGUGCCUUCCUCACAUAUUGCGCCCGGGACUCAGCCCUCAAAGCCCAAAGUGCACUGCAUGAACAGAAGACCCUGCCAGGGAUGAACCGCCCUAUCCAGGUGAAGCCUGCUGACAGUGAAGGCCGAGGAGAAGACAGGAAGCUCUUCGUGGGGAUGCUGGGGAAGCAGCAGAGCGAGGAGGAUGUCCGGCGGCUGUUUGAGCCUUUUGGCCAGAUUGAGGAGUGUACCAUCCUCCGGGGCCCUGAUGGAACUAGCAAAGGCUGUGCUUUUGUGAAAUUCGGGAGCCACGCAGAGGCCCAGGCUGCCAUCAACAGCCUGCAUAGCAGCCAGACUCUGCCGGGAGCCUCCUCCAGCCUUGUCGUGAAGUUUGCUGACACAGACAAAGAGCGGACGCUAAGGAGGAUGCACCAGAUGGCUGGGCAGCUGGGCAUCUUCCACCCGAUGACCGUACAGUUUGGAGCCUGCGGAGUGUACACACAAGCGAUAAUGCAGCAGCAGGCAGCUCUGAUGGCAGCUCAAGGAACGUGCCUCAACCCCAUGGCAGCCAUUGCCGCCGCCCAGAUGCAGCAGAUGGCUGCCUUCAAUGUCAGUGGCCUCAUCGCCACACCCGUGACACCCUCAUCAGGUACGAGCACACCACCAGGCAUCAGCACCGGCACUGUCCCCAGCAUUGCUGCUCCCAUUGGGGUGAAUGGAUUCAGUCCCCUCACCCCCCAGACCAAUGGGCAGCCAACCUCGGACACCCUCUACACCAACGGUCUCCACCCUUACCCAGCUCAGAGCCCCAGUGUGGCAGAGCCCCUCCAGCAGGCCUACGCAGGAAUGCAGCACUAUGCAGCAGCAUACCCAGCCGCCUAUGCCCCUGUGAACACAGCCUUCCCACCACAGCCCCCGAUCCUGCCUCAGCAGCAGAGAGAAGGCCCUGAAGGCUGUAACCUUUUCAUCUAUCACCUGCCCCAAGAGUUCGGAGAUGCCGAGCUCAUGCAGAUGUUCCUGCCUUUCGGCACCGUCAUCUCUGCCAAAGUCUUUGUAGACCGUGCCACGAACCAGAGCAAAUGCUUUGGGUUCGUUAGCUUCGACAAUCCAGCCAGUGCGCAGACAGCCAUCCAGGCCAUGAAUGGCUUUCAGAUUGGCAUGAAGCGGCUCAAGGUUCAGCUGAAGCGGCCAAAGGAUGCCAACCGGCCCUACUGAGCCGGCCCUGACUGAUUACAGACAGGCUGGAAGCCUUGCCCUGUAUGAAGAGUGUUCCCCUUUUCCCACGUACAGUAUCCAAACUUGUAACUCUCUUUCUUUGCAACAUAUCACGCUGGAGGAAGAGGAGGAAGCUCCUGUCCUGGCUGCACUCAAGAGAGAGAGAGAGAGAGAGAGAGAGAGAGAAGAAAGCGGUUGGGAAACAGAGAGUUGCCCUGGUUAUGUGGUGGGGUCUUUUUGUUUUUAAACUCUGAAUUGAUUUUUGCUUUCUUUCUUACAAACAAAACAACCAACAACAAAAACCUGAAGACCAGAAGGCAACAGAACUGGACACAUGGAACCAAGCAAGCCUUCAGGGAGGCCAGUGACCCAAAAGGCCUUGGGUUUCUUUGAGCCAACCAGAGCUGUUGGGAAGAGACAGCUUGGAGCACUUUGCUGCACAGUAGUGCUAGAGGAGGUUUUGCUGGGACCAGUGAAGCAGGUAUCCUCCUGCCCAGUCUUGCAGGAGGAAAAGGAUCUAAACCAAAGCCAGUGAGGGGCUAAGGCCAAUGUCUCGUGCUUUGUUUUUUGAUUGUUUGGGGGUUUUUUUAAGUGAGUCUCUCCACAUCUGGAGUGGAAAGAACCAAGGCUGACAAGAUGUUGAACUUCUAGAAAGAGAUAAGUAUUAAGAUCUAGCCCUCAUGAGCGUGGGGAAAGGGAGGGAAAGGAAAGCGGGAGAGAGGGACCUGCUGGUCCCCUGGCUUAUCUGCCCUCUCCUUACUGGGGAGGCAGGACUUACUUCUUUCAGUCAUAUCAUUCCUUAGAGUUUAGGGACCAAAGGACUAUUGCUUUUUAAGAAAAAACUAUAUCUAUAUAAAUAAAUUAAUUUUCAAAAACAAAACAAAAAGAGAAACAAAACAAGGUCAAGUACAGAAUCUCAGAAAAGCUGCAUUGAAACAACCACAGAAAAGGAUGGUCCUGGGGAGAAAAGGGUAGAACCUCCCUUCCCCCCCAGAGGCAUAAGGGUAGUAGGAGAUCUGAAGGGGCCUGGGAAGGGGGAGGCUGAGGGAAACUUUCUGCUGAGUAUUUUAUUCCCUGGUUAUCCCCUCCCCUUUCUCCCCCCCUCACUUUUUACACGAAAUAAAGGAGAUUGGACUUGUGUGCAAGUGAUAGAAGAGCCAUGGUAACAGUGACUCUCCCACAAACCAAGUGUCAACCCCUCACCCUAAUGACCCUCCAAAGCCCAGUAAAUGGACCCUUUCUGUCCCAGAGCACUGACUUCACUGGACCCAGCUUCAUGCCCCGUGUGAACGCAGGCCGAUCUUACUCCCGGUUCUAGGGUCCCAAACUGAGCUACCCCCUUAUUUCUUCCACUUGGCACUUAUAACCAGAUUGGCACCAUGGCCUUUGCUCUCUGGGUAAAGGGAGCUGGCACAGGCAUGAAUGCCAGACUUGUGUUGUACACCAGGAAUAAUUCCUUCCUUUAUUAUCUGCUUUGAGCUUACAUAUCCUUAUUAGUGCUAAUUCUAUAAUGAUUUUAACCUCACCCAUAGACUAUCACCCCCAGCCUAGCAUAGUGUGAGAAAAGAAGAACUGGCUGGAGGGAGGGAGGGCAACACUUUAACUCCAACUUAAGUCAAUAAACACAUAUUGAAUAUCUACUAUGUGCAGAGCACCGUCCUAGGCACUGAGGGAGAGGCAAAGAUAAAUAAGACCCAUCCGUGGCUGUCAGAGUUAAUAAUCUUGUGAAGGAGUUUCUAAUCUAAUAGACCCUGAAGAGAAGAGCAGUUGGGAAAGCUUCCUAAUCCCUAGGCAGGUGAAUCUUCUCUGAAGGUUUCCUCUCCCUCUGACUCCUCCCUCCCUCACCAUCCCAAGCACUUCAGGUCCAGCCCAUCUACUGCAGAGCCCAGAAAUGUGACUUUUAAAAAAGUGAAAAGAGGAAUUUGCUGAGUUGUUAGUCAGUAAAGAAUCUAGCUGGUCAAAGAUGGAUAUCUGUCCAGCCCUGGGUGAGUCCAAGGAGUGGCCUAGUUUGGCAACCUCAAUCCCUCAGUCAUCUGCUGCUUUGGCUCACUGACCAUCAGGGAGUAAAAGUGCAGAGGACUGUGGGGAGGGGAACAUGGAAGAAUCUCCCUUGAUCACUCCCUCACCAUAUGGAAGCUUCUCAUAUCUAACGAAGCCUGCUCCUUCUCUGAUUCCAGAUCACCUACUAUGUCCCCUCCUCAGUUAGGGAAGGGAAAUGAGAAUGAGGUGGCAAGAAGGAUUUGACUAGGAAUACCUGGCAAGCAGAUCCCAAGUUUUGCUCAGCUUAAAAAAAACACUUUUUUCUUCUGUCCUUGCUCAGGUCAAAACCUUAAAGCUAAACAACCUUCAAGGUCAUAGCACCCCACACUCCUUUUUAGGUGGGAAAGCUGAAGCUCAGAAGGGUAAAGCCCAUGGUCACACAAGAAACAAGCCUCUGAUUCUAGAUCUAGCAUCCUUCCCACUGGGCCAUAUGUUCUCUCCUAGGACCAAAAAAAAAAAGCCACAGUCCUAUGCUGGGCCAUGAAGCACCUUGUCCCCACCCCUUCUGAGGAAUAUACCCUGCCUCCUGAGUCUAUCACUUCUCUACCUUGGCCUUACCUUGCUCUCUCAGCUCUCCUCUCUGGGCCUCAGUUUGCCCACCUGUCCUAUAGACUUAGAAUGUGCAAGAAGGGUUGCACCUCUGGCAAGAAAGGUUCUAUACCAUAUAUCUUGACAGAUAAGAAAAGGUAAUUUUCAUUAGGUUGUUUCAAAAUGGGAGUGUCACAUUACACAAGACCCAUCAAGGAAAAAAUGUUUUGCCAAAAUACUUUUUCAUUCCUCUAAAAAAGGCACCUCUCCUAUGCAACAGUGUCUCAUGGGUGCUUCUCUAUGGUGCUUUUCUACAGUGAGUUGCAGUAUACAGCUUAUACACAGCAGGUGCCAUCUGUUUGCUUAUAUAUGGCAGUGCACUGUAUGCUUAUAUGCAGCAGGCACAGUAUACAGUUUAUAUACAGCCUGCACAAUCUGUCCAUUUAUAUAGAGCAGGUGUAAUCUGCUGCUUAUGUACAGCGAGUGCCAUCUGUCUGCCUAUACGCAGUGGUGCUGUCUGUCCACUUACAGAAGGUGGACACAGUAUACAGCUUAUAUAUGACAGGUGCUACUAUCUGCUAACACAGAGAGGUUGCUUACGUAGCAGUAUAUUUAGUCUCAGUGCAGCCUCUUACCUAGGAGAAUACCUCCUCUCUCCCAGGCCAGCCUGGAGCUCUCAGAUGUUUUUCUGAACGCUGAAGUUUGCCAUGCUGUAGCUAAUUCCCCACAAGAUGGGAGCCCCAUAAGAACUGGUCUGCCUAUCCUGCUAGCUGAGGUGUUAGGAUGGUUGAUCCCCUUGAUCCCCAAAUGUUGACAGGGCAGGACAACUGGCAAAGUGGAUGUCAUGCCAAGCGCUGAGAAGCCUGAUUAGAUAAUGCAGGGGCCUUUGGAGGGGAAUCAUCCCCAGGCUUCCCUUCCCCAGUCCUCCUAUGGUACAAAAGCUAAGGCUUAUUUUCCCUCACUUAUGAACCCUGGACUCUUCCUCAAAAAAUCUUUCCCCUUUUCCACCACAAAUACAUUUUCUCUGGAAAAAAAAAAAGCUCAGCUAUAUCUAUCCUAGUGUCCCCCUACACUCAUUCUCUCUCUCUCUCUCUCUCUCUCUCUCUUCUCUCUCUCUCUCUCUCUCUCUCUCUCUCUUUCUCUCUCUCUUCUUUACACACACACACACACACACACACACACACACACACUCUGGUCUUUCCAUAAUGCUGGAUCCCAGGGCCUUCCUCAAAGUAAAUCUGUCUUUCCUUCACCCCUGUCUCUUCCUUCCCACUGUUGUCACUGUUACAGGAAAUGAGGUUUCAGUCAUAACCUCAUUUGGCUAGGCUUAGCUUGUAAUCCUGGGUCACUCACUCUGUGUAAAUUCCCCAUGUCUAAUUGGGCCCUAAAAUGGGAGAACAUGUCCCAGAGGAAGGAGCAAGGGAGUUUCCCCUUCUUCAACCCAAGGAUUAUUUAGGGAGGAUGGGUAGAACCACAGAAUCUCCAAUCUCUUUCAUAAUCAUUUUUAAAAGACUUUUCCCCUUUCCCCACCUGUACUGCUGUCAUGAUUCUCCUGGGGGAAGCAGGAAAUCACUAAAAAAUUAAAGCUGGAAUAAAAUUAGGGAAAGUAAAGGACUUGCUCAUACAUAUAGAUAAAAUUAGAAUCAUUGAAUCAUUCCCCCUGCACCCCAAAACCUCUUCUCCAAACUAACCAUCCCCAAUUCUUCAACCAUUCCUCCUGUAACUUAAUUUUGAAUUCUUUUAGCAAAUCCACCCACUCUAGACAAGCUCUAGUUUGUUAAUAUCUCUCUUAAAAUAUAACACCUGUAACUAAAUACAGUACUCCUAAUUUCGCCUGACCGGCACAGAGUACAGGGUUAUUAUCACUUCUGUUCUCAACAUAAGACAAUCUGAAUGCAAAUGCAACCUAAGAUCGCACUAGCUUUUUUCGGCAGCCAUUACUGACAUAUUGAAUUUACAGUCCAUGCAAAGCCCCUGUCAUGUCCCACCUGGUCCAUGCAAAUGAGACCAGGUGGCCAGGAAUGAGUCCAUGCAUGAUAAAUGGAAGUGAACUUAAUCUAGCUUCAGCCUUCUCUUUUGGCCUCAUGUCUUGUCUAAGAAUGGGAAAUUUGCCUGCUAAGCAUCAGAGCGUCCCAGUCCAGGGCAAAAGUAGAAGAUACGGUCAGAGAUACAGCCUUGUUAGCCAGGCAUACAAAAUGCAUUAUUCUUGGGCAGGAGUGCAAAGGAGUAUUUGAUAGCCAGGUAAACAACAUAGAACAUUAGAAAGAUCUGGGUUGAUAAAGUCUUAUUAGGGCCCCGUUUUUUUAUUCCAGGCCCAUGCUUUUAAGUCUACUUAGGAAAUCAUCACUAUUUGCUCUCUGGUUAACCCAUGCCAUCUUCAAAUCUUUUUCACAUGAACUGCUAGCCAUGUCUCCAUCCCCUACUUUAUUAAAAGCAGAACCUAAGGGCAGGACCUUGCAUUUUUGCCAACUAAUGUAAUCUUCAUUUUGGCCCAAUAUUCUAGCCUGUUGAGAUCUUUUUGGACACUGAUUCUAUCAUACACUGUAUAGCUUCAUUUCAUCUGAAAACUUGAUAAAAAUGCCUUCUAUGUAUUCAGUCAGGUCAUGGAUAAAAAUGUCAAACUGGACAGAACCUGGCGGCAUGCUCUUUGAGAUGUCUUUGCAGAUUGAUACUGAUCCAUUGACCAACAAUUUUGGUUAUGGUUGUUCAACCAGCUGGAAAUUUACCUAAAAGUGCAACUGUCCACAAAUAUAUCUCAAAAAACUUUGUCAAAUGCCUUGCUGAAAUGUAGAUGCACUACACUGAUGGUAUUUCCCUGAUUAUAUCAGUCUCAUAACUGUUUUAAAAUAAGGAAAUUGUUAGUUUGGUAUGAUUUGUUCUUCGUGAAUCUAUGCUGACUCCUAGUGAUGACUGCUUGGUUGUCAAAGUGCUCAUAAACCAUCGAUUUAAUAAUCCAUUGUAGAACUUUGCCAGGGAUUGAUGUCAACAGGGAGGGUGCAAUUCACAUGCAUACACAUGGACAGACUUGCCUGCAUACAUAUACACGGGCACACAGGCCAUUAAGCUACCAUAUCCAGGUAGCCACUGUGUGACUUCAGGCACCAGAAAGGCAGUCUACUUCCCCCCCAAAAAAAAAUCUCCCUCUUCUUCGCUCUAGUAGUUGAAGGUUUUGAUCCUGUUAAAAUGUGAAUCCCUGAGGAAAGCUGAGUGGAUGGGAGAGGAUGGACUAGACUUUAAGUUGUUAUCAAUCAUUUACUCCUGAAUGUGGAUGAAUUUAAUAGACUCUUUCCAGAUAGGAGGGUGAGUAACAACAGGAGGACCCUAGUUGUUAAGGGAGAUAGGGAAGAAGGGGAGCCACCAGGAGAUGAGGAGACAGAGGUACCAACACAAAUUCCAGUGACUUCACAAUUUUAUCCAGGGUCAGCCCUGACAUAUAUAUACACACUGACAAAUAUACAUGAUGAUAGACAUAUAAAGACAAAAACACACAAAGAUGCACACAUAAAACCUUGAGGAAAAUUGAAACCCGUCUGGCCAGAGAUCUAUAGAGUCAUGUGGUACCUUCCAUUAUUGCUGAUCAAUAGGAGACACAGAUCAACACCCCUGCCCUUAACUCCCAGCUCAGCCUAAUCCAGUCUAUCAGAGGAAUCCAGCUUGAGAACAAAGAGGGUGGGACAUUCCAACCUGUCAGUCCCUACUCCCUUCCCUGAGAAUUCCUAUUCCUAUCCCCAGAAAGAAAGAGAUAGGUGCCCCAGGGCACCAAGGUCUCUGGUUCCUAUCUACAGGAAUGGCAGCUGGAUCCCCUACCACAAGGGGCUUUUGCAAACACCAACAAGCUUUUCCCUGGGUUUGCUGGACAGCCUAGGGGAGGAAGGUUGUGGGUGGGAAGAAGAAGGAACCAGGGUUAUCUUGUGGUAUUACCCAAACCUGAAAGGAGUUAGAUUUACCCUCUCUCUUACAGGAAAGAUAAAAUCUACAACUCCGAUUUCUUUGGAAGCUAAGGGAUCAAAAAGAAGUUUAGAUCUGUACUAGUGGUGGGAGAGGGGGGAAAGAGUUCUCCUGUCCUCAUUGCUCCUUUACCAUUGAGAGGAAGGAAAUGAAGGAGAAGAAAUGCUACUUGCCCAACUACUAGGGAUUAAGCAGGAUAGUACUCAAAGCCGAGAUUCCAUCUUUUAUCUUUUAUUCUGGGUCCAAGUUCCUUUUGGAAAUAAAAUCUCAA